AUGCGUUCAAGCGGUCAUUGGAGUCUGGAGAGUUCAGAACAGAGCGUGCUAUACGUUGAAGGUCUAGAUUGUUACAGUUUGAUAAGGUUGGCUGUGAUUGAUGAUAUUGAGUGUAACAAGUCUGAAGAAAGAAAGGCAGUAUCUUCUAAUAAUGGAAUUCUAGGAAGAAUAAAUCUUCACAGAAGCCACUGUUACGCUACAUCCAUUGCACACAUUACGUGUAGACUGGGUUCACUAACAAAGCUAAACCGGUUUUCUCCAUUUCGUCUCUCUCAGAGCUCGCGCCCCUCAUUCAACCAUUUACCCCCCAACCCCAAGCCCUCCCAUCUCAAAGCUCUCAAAGCACGACCUCAGCUCUCAGCCCUCGAUCCCAUCUCUCCACCAACCGAGUCCCUAAGCCGUCCUAUCUCUCCACCAACGAGUCCCCAAGCCCUCGGCCCCUUGGUUCCUUCAAGCCAUCAACGAAGCCCUCAGAUCUGUGGGAGGAUCUUGCCUCUCAUGGCAUUGCACGAACCUCUCUCGGCAGCUCUAAACCAACUCCUUCGGUUUCUUGCCUAUACAUGCUUAAAGACUAAGCCCGGAAGUAUAAGGGAUGUUACUUAUGUUUCUGGCAUAUUAGUCAUUGCUGCAGCUGGAAAGAGUUCCAAUGGUAUUAAUGUGGUUAUAUGGGAUACAUUGGUUCCCCCUUCAACCUUUCGAGUUUCCAUUAUAUAUCAUGAAGGUUUUCCUCUUACUUUGAAACUGCACAUGGUGAAACUGGCUAUACAAUGGCAGCCACAACUCUAACUUUGGUGCUGGAAUGACAGAGGAUUCAAUGAAGAUGUUACUCUUUUUGUGAAGAUUUUGAUUGAAUCUCAAAAUGUCCAUUCAUGUUAUGUAUUUAGAUAGCCACAAUAUUUGUAUAACUGGAAUGAUCCUGAAGUUAUGGGAAUCUGUUCAUGUACAUGAUGGCAUUUAUUUUAUGAACAUGUGGUUAAUUUCAAUGGAAUAUCUAGGCAAUUUGAGCUUCA